AUGUCAAGUGAAGCGGUGUUUGUUCUCUGCUGUAAAACGAAACCAUCCAGAAUAUCAACCAUGGUGCAAGGUACUUUCAAGCGUCAAGUCGAAGUUGGUCGUGUUGUCCUCAUUAACCACGGUGUUGACGCCGGCAAGUUGGCUGUUAUUGUUGACAUUAUUGAUCACAACCGUGCUCUUAUCGACGGUCCUACCACCGGUGUUGUUCGUCAAGCUUUCCCUUACAAGCGCUUGGUCUUGACUCCUCUUGUCCUCAAGAACCUUCCCCGUAACGUUGGUAAGACUGCCCUUGCCAAGGCUUUGGAAAAGAACGAAACUGUUGCUGCCUGGAACAAGACUGCCUGGGCCAAGAAGCUCGAACAACGUAAGGCUCGUGCUGGUUUGUCUGACUUUGACCGUUUCAAGUUGGCCAAGCUCAAGAACCAACGUCGUUUCACUCUCGGUUCUGCUGUUGCUGCUGCCAAGAAGCAAGCUGCUUAAACGUCUCAAUUAUGUAAAUUUCAAUAAACAUUGUUCACCGACUUUUUUUUUAUAUGUAUUAUAAAAAAGGAGGGAAGAUAAUCGAGUUUAUUAGAGUAACUGUUUUAAGUUUAAGUUAUCUUCAGUGUUGUUGUCUUGCUCGAUAUCACUGUUAUGAUUACUACUUUGACUACUGUUGUCAUUGCUAUUUGUGGCCAAGAUGGCAGGUGGUUCAUCUAUAGUUGUACUUUCCCUGUCUGAAGCUAAAAGAUAAUUAGGUCGUUCGUCUUGUUCUUUUAAA